AUGACAGAUUUAGAGAGUGUUAGAAAGGAGAUUACCAGAUUAUAAGCAGAGAAUGCUAAAUUAACAACGAAGAUAGUGAGAAAUAGAAAAGUAAUAGCAUAAAAGGAAGAAACAUAUAUUAAAGUUUAAGAUAUAGCAAAUGAGUAAGAAACCUUUGACUCUGAUUCAACAUAAGCAUCCUUUAAGAUUAAAUAAUUGCCAAGUGGAAUGGAUAAAGUCAGAGAACUUUACAAAACUGUGUGUUAAUGUGGAGAUGCAGCCAAGUUUAAUGGAUUUUGUGAAAAUUGUGUUAAGAAAAUGAAAGAAGAUUAUGAGAAGGCUUUGAAUGAUUACUUACCAGUAUCUGUUUAAUAUGAGAAAGUUUAUUCUAAUAAUGUAAAUAAAGAAGUGAAAAUGCUAUCAAUUAAAAAUAAAAUUGACUCUAUGAGAGAAAAAAUCAAAGAAGGUGACAUUAGCUUUUAGGAUGGUGAUCUAAAAAUAUUGUAGGACGAAAUCGAUUAUUUGAGAAAACAAAUUAAAGUUACAUAAAUGGAUUAUGAAGUUUAACAAAAAGAGUUUACUCGAUAUGUUGAAGAAUAAAAUAAAGUCCAGGAGGAUUUAGAGAUGAGACUAGCUAAAAAGGAAGACAAGAUAUAAAAAAUUAAAGAACAGAUUGAUUUAUUGCUCUUAAAAAAUAAAAAAAUCGAAGAGAACAUUGGUUUUGCCAAAGAAGAGUUGGAAAGUUAUGUAAAAUGA